GAGGUGGAGGUAGUUCCUAACGGAGAAGGGUUAAUAUUGUGUGAUUCGUGAAUUGUUUGCGCUAAAGGAGGUGAAUUUAUUAGUGGCCCCCUUCAGGGUUGUUUAUUGGUCAUAAUUUUGAAGCUGGCGGAAUAAUGGACGAUCUGAUGGGAAAAAUUUACGACUAUUGAUUCGGGAGACGUUCCGGAUUACGGGGCCGUUAACGAACCGGUGCCGGCUGGUACGGAAGGCAGAGCUUCAAAUUGGGUGUCAAAAUGUGAAGAAAAAAAAUAAUCGUGAAACCCGUGCGUGCGUGGGCGUGAUGUGAGAUUAUUUUUUCAUCAUCAUCAUCAUCCCUGGAGGAAGAAAGAAGAAGUUUUGAAGGGUUUCUCAGGCUUUGAGUAGGGUGUGUGUUGAAAGUGAGGUUAGCUUUCCAGAUUGAAGUGAUUCCUCGCGUGGGAAGUGAUGCCAGCAAAUCACUAGAGAGUGUUCCUUUGUAGUUGGAGGAAUAAAAAGAAGAAAAAUCUCGAUUCCAAAAUGAAAAUGAAGGCCAACGACUUUAAGAACAUGCCGGAGGAGGAAAUGGCCAUGAUGAUCCAGGGCCUGCUCGGUCUCGGUUACGUUGGGGACCACCCGGUAAACGGGUCCGCGCCCCAGCCCGACUACAGCAGUCCCAUUCUGAAGCCGGUCGUGGCCCGGAUCUACCCGCUCUUCAUCAUCUUGUACGCCCUGCCGGCGGCCCUCGGAAUCGCCACCAACGUGCUCGUCAUGAUGUACAUCAGCAAGUACAAGCUGAACCGGGACGCGACGCAGGCGUUCCUCGUGAAUCUGGCCGUUUGCCACACGGUCCAGUGCACGUUCGUGCUUCCGAUCACGCUCAUGGUGAUGCUGCUCCAGAACUGGAUCUUUGGCCAGUUUCUGUGCUUCUUUCUGCCGCUGCUGCAGGAUAUUCCGCUGCACGUCGCCAUGAUUUCCCAUCUGCUGAUUGCGUGGGACCGGAAGCGCUGGCUGACGGAUCCGCUCAAGGCGAGGCUGCCCGCCUUCGUGUGCAGCUGCGCUUCCUGGCUGGCCGGCAUGGUCAUUGCGCUUCCCUAUCCGAUCUACACCACCUACCUGGACCUCGGGAAAUAUUUGCAGAACUUUGAAGGCGUGGGAAUCUGUGCUGUCAAUUUGGUGGAUGACAUGCAGGAGUACAUGCGAGGAUUGUUCGUCAUAAUGUACUGCGGCCCGAUGGCCCUGCUGGGAUAUCUGUACAUCCGGACGUCACGCGAGCUGCGCCCUCCCGACGGGCCCCUGUCGAUCAUGAUGUUCGAGGCCAGGGCCGAAGCCAGGAGCAAACAGAUUCGUGCCAGCCGCACUGGAAGCGCUGCCGGCAGUGCCGGAGCAGCGGCCAGCAUCGGGGCGAACCUGAGCGCCAGCUCGCGGACGUACGACCUGUACGACGCCGAGGUGGACGUCAACCGGGAGAAGCGCACCCAGCGCCACCUGGGGGCGAUGGCGUCGGCCCAGGUCCUUUGCGUGUGCCCGUUGAUGAUACUGAGGUUGGCCCGGAUGACCCUGGUCGAAACGUACGAAAAUCAGGCCCAUUUCGAUAUCACCUAUCUGAUGUUUGUGUGGAUUGCCUUCCUGCCGACGGUGAUUGUGCCCUGGAUCUACGCCAGCUGGAUGCUCUCGAGACCCGCCAAGGAGCGCCUCCGGGGCUACCUGCGGCUCUCCUCCCGCCGCAACACCAAAUCGGAACAGUCCGUCGACGACGGCGGUGGCAACUCGUCACCUCCCGGCGUCAAAACUCCCCUCUCGAUCCAAACCAGCUCCUCCGUCGGAAAUCACCAUUCUAACCAGCACCAGCAGCAGCCGCUGUCAAAACCCGCUCCACAGGAAUCUUCCCUCGUCCAGAAGCCUUCGGUGAAGAAGCAACUGCCGUCGAUCGACCGGUCCAAAUCGCCGGCCGGCGGCAGCACCCGAACGCAGCAGUCCACGCUGGAGAGCACACUCGCCGAGAGUUCCAUCUCGAACGCCACGACCGCGACGGCCAAGAGUGCUGUUCAGAGUGCGCCGAACGGACGUCCACGGCGACAGCUGCCGCCGCCGUUGCGGAUCGACAACAGCAACUUUCACAAGACUCCGUCGGUGAAGAGUCGGGGCUCGGGUGGGGUGCAGCGAUCUUCGCUGAGGUCUACGGCGGGGAGGGUUGGUAGAACGGUGGGGGAGAAUUUGAUGGACGAGGAGGACGAUUACGCCGGUUCGAACAUAACUUCCAGCACGUACUGUAACAUUAACGAGCGGGAGGUCGUUGCACCGCCCGAGUUGUACGAAUCGAUGCCACUUCCCCGGCAGAACGUCCUGCACAAGUCGGCUUCACCGUACUACCAGAGUGACCCGAACGGAAGGGAAGCGCACGACAUGGACUCCGACUCGGACAUUUACCAGCGCCAGCGACCGACGCGGUACGGCUCGCUCUCCAAGCAGGACUCGGGCAUCGUGCCGCACAAGCCGGCAGGCACUCCGUCGAUCAUCUCGAUCUCCGAGAGCGAGUACUCGUCCCGCAAGGGCUCGCUCAGUACGCUGUCCCGCGACCUGGAGAUCAUCGACCGGCUCGAGCGCGAACGCAGCAUGGACAUCCAGGAGAUGCUCCAGCGCGAGAAGAACUACGAGUACUACCUGGCCCGCCAGAACUCCAAGCUCAAGUUCUCCACCAACUUUGACGACUACUUCGACGAAGAACCCACGCAGCAGCAGCAGCAGAAACUUCCCCUGGUCAAACAGUCCUCCAACUCGAGCCACGUCCCCUCGCAACGGUCCGUCUCGCCGCACGUCCCGCGGAACGCCACGAACCGACGCAGCAGCAACCUCAGCUACGCGUCCACCAAGCGGGACAGCGGUUACGAGCAGUCGCUGCUGGAAACACCCCCGGUAGCUGCCCCUCCGGUUCUGACGCCCGGAUCGCACAGCGCCUCGGCGGCGGCUUCGUCGUACCGCUCGAACGGACCCCGACGAUCGCUGGAGUUGGAGAAGCAGCGCAUUGGGCGGACGUACAGUGGUCAUUCGAUGCGGAGUUCGACCCGGUCACGGGAUCGGGUUAGCUUUCACGAUGACGUUUAGGGGUGGAGUGCCAAAUUUGUACCGUGAAGAGGGUGGGAUGGGGAGAGAUGGUGAAGCAAGAAACCUGUGAUUUAAUUAGGGAGAAGGCCGGAGAGGUUAGUUUGGUUAUGGUCGAUUAGAGUUUUAUAUGCCGAGUUAGCGGAGACGGAAUAAGUACAACCAUGAAAUUGCUGACGUUACCGGCAGGUUUGUAUUAAAAGUUAAGCUGGGUCAGAACCACUAAAUCUUUAUAAAAGUUGUCAUAAAUACACAUUAAACUAUUAAAUGUCGACCAAAAUAUAAAAUUUGAAAGAUUACAGUUGAAAAAAGAUCAAU